UCAUCUCCAUUCGCACCAUUUUUCCAAAGAAAGCAAAGUUAGUUCCUUCACGCCUUCCUCUUUGCUCUAACGGGAGUAGCAUAAAAUUUUAAAAGAAGGGUACGCCGAGAUUUUGAGCUUCGCUCUCACGCACACAGCCUUCAGCAUCCCUUCAAAGUUCUGCUCCAGAUCUAUUACGAUUUAUUGCUGAAUGCAUCUGUAAGACUAGCGUAGAUCCACUGCUUACUCCAACCUCUGGUGAGUGCUAUUUUUCUCGAUUUCGAUGGCGAUAUCGAAUCCGAGAGUGACACUGACCUAUAUCAAAUGGGCUUUGCUUGUUUUGGCUCUAUUUGCGCACACCUGUAAUGGGUUUUAUCUCCCGGGAAGCUACAUGCAUACAUAUUCCAAAGCGCAAGAAAUCAUUACCAAAGUUAACUCCUUAACUUCUAUAGAGACUGAGCUGCCCUUCAGCUACUACAGUCUCCCUUAUUGCAAACCCCCUGAUGGUAUCAAGAAAAGCGCUGAGAAUCUCGGGGAACUCCUCAUGGGAGAUGAGAUCGAGAAUUCCGCUUACCGCUUUAAAAUGAAUGUCAAUGAGACUCUUUACCUAUGUACCACACACCCUUUGACUGAGCACGACGUAAAGCUGCUGAAACAAAGAACCCGUGAUCUGUAUCAGGUCAACAUGAUCCUUGAUAAUUUGCCGGCGAUGAGAUAUGCUUACCAAAAUGGGGUUAAGAUUCAGUGGACUGGGUUUCCUGUUGGGUACACUCCACCCAACAGUAAAGAUGAUUACAUAAUCAAUCAUCCACCCAACAGUAAAGAUGAUUACAUAAUCAAUCACCUGAAGUUCAGGGUUUUGAUUCACGAGUAUGAAGGGAGUGGUGUGCAGAUAAUUGGGACUGGGGAAGAAGGUCCGGGUGUCAUUUCCGAAGCUGAAAAGAAAAAGGCAUCUGGGUAUGAGAUUGUUGGCUUUGAGGUUUACCCUUGUAGCGUUAAAUACGACCCUGACACCAUGAAGAAAAAAUCCAUGUACCAAAGUAUCCCAGCUGUAAAUUGCCCCUCAGAGCUUGAAAAGUUUCAAAUAAUAAGGGAGCAAGAGAAAGUAUCAUUCACUUAUGAGGUUGAGUUUGUGAAAAGUGAUAUAAGAUGGCCAUCAAGGUGGGAUGCUUAUCUGAAGAUGGAGGGGGCUCGUGUGCACUGGUUCUCUAUCUUGAAUUCAUUAAUGGUGAUCUUUUUCCUCGCUGGUAUUGUCUUUGUCAUAUUCCUAAGGACUGUGAGGAGGGAUUUAACAAGAUAUGAAGAACUGGACAAAGAAUCUCAAGCUCAGAUGAAUGAGGAGCUCUCAGGGUGGAAGCUUGUUGUGGGAGAUGUGUUCAGAGAACCAGAUUCUUCAAAGCUUCUUUGUGUUAUGGUUGGAGAUGGGGUUCAGAUUACAGGGAUGGCAGUUGUCACUAUCAUUUUUGCAGCAUUUGGUUUCAUGUCGCCAGCUUCACAAGGAAUGCUAUUGACAGGAAUGAUCAUUCUAUAUCUUUUCCUUGGGAUUAUUGCCGGUUAUGUUGCUGUCCGUAUGUGGAGAACUAUAAAGGGAACUUCCGAAGGGUGGAGAUCAGUUUCCUGGUUUGUGGCAUGCUUCUUUCCUGGAAUCGUCUUUCUUAUUCUUACGGUACUGAACUUCAUUCUAUGGGGCAGCAAUAGUACUGGUGCUCUUCCCAUUUCCUUGUUUUUUGUACUCUUGCCCCUCUGGUUCUGCAUUUCAGUGCCUCUCACUCUUCUCGGAGGGUUCUUAGGCACACGAGCUGAGGCAAUUCAAUUUCCUGUGAGAACCAACCAGAUUCCAAGGGAAAUUCCUGUGCGCAAAUAUCCAUCAUGGCUUCUUAUUCUCGGUGCUGGGACGCUUCCAUUUGGAACCCUCUUCAUUGAACUUUUCUUCAUCCUUUCUAGCAUCUGGCUUGGGAGGUUCUAUCAUGUCUUUGGUUUCCUGCUUAUAGUGCUUCUGUUGUUGGUUAUUGUUUGUGCUGAAGUUUCAGUGGUUCUCACCUACAUGCAUCUUUGUGUGGAGGAUUGGAGGUGGUGGUGGAAGGCUUUCUUUGCUUCAGGUUCUGUUUCCCUUUAUGUGUUCCUGUACUCCAUCAAUUACUUGGUAUUUGACCUGCAGAUGAGGUUGAGUGGGCCUGUGUCGGCUAUCCUUUACCUUGGUUAUUCAUUGAUCAUGGCAACUGCAAUCAUGUUGUCAACUGGCACAAUUGGCUUUCUCAUGUCUUUCUACUUUGUUCAUUACCUCUUCUCAUCCGUAAAGAUCGAUUAAAAGUGUUGACUGGAAUUCUUCAUUAAACAGCUGGGAAAUGAGUCUGCUAUGUAGGAAGAAGUAUUUUUGGUUAUUCAUUUUGGUCUUUACUUGGUUGCAUUGAAAGCUGAUUGUAUUGCAGCAUCUCAAGGGGCUCUCCGAGUAUAUGGCAAGAAGACCUAUUUUCUGUUUGCUGCCUCGCUUGUGAUAUGAUCAGCGGCAGAUUCUCCUUUCACCCCACACAUAUCCGAUUUGGUUUCUUACCACUUCACUAGUGUUGCGCUUUACUUUAGUUUAAUCACAUUCUACUAGAAAGUUGUAAUUCGUGGACCUUCAGUCCUUGUAUUAUCUUUUAUUUCAUAUCUGAAUAGAAAGGAGAAUUAGAUAA